GGGGAGUCGGGGACGGCGUCCGAGCUCCGGCGAAGCACCUUGCGCCGGGCUCGGCGCUCGCUGCUAGGGUGGCCCCGGCCCCGCCUGCCGCUGAGGGCGCGACCAGGGCCGCAGUUCCCCGCAGGGGAGCGGAGCGGAGCCCGCACGGGAGGCGAGGCGGCGGCAGCGCCGCAGGAAGUCAGCGUCCGAGGGGGCUGGCACGGGGGCGACGGUGCGGCGGCCCCGCCCGGCCCGGCCCGGCCCGCCGUCCGCAGCUGUCGCCCGCCGAGAGCCGCCGCCGGUACCCCCCGAGUCGCCGCCGAUGGUGCUGCCGGGGUCCUGCUGCCCUCUCCCGGGUCUCGUCCCGCUGCCCCAGGCAGGGCCCCUCCGCCCGGGCGCGCCGCCGCGCCGCCGCCCGUGCCGCCCGUGCCCCCUGCUGCUCUUCCGCUCGCUGCUCGGGCUGGGGCUGCUGCAGACCGGCCUGGGCUGCGCCCUCGUGGCUCUGUGCUUCGGGGCGCUGUCGCUGAGCAGCGCCCCGCAGGUGAAGAACGCGUGUCCCCUCUGGGCCGGCUCCUCGGCAAUCUUAUGUGGAAUCUUAGGGUUAACAACAUGGAAGAGGCCCAUGCGGCUUUUGGUUAACCUGUUUGUUCUGCUGUCUAUGAUCAGUUUUAUGCUGAACGUGACUGGAUUAAUACUAGGAUGUCAAGGCAUUCAAUUUGUGUCCAGAGUACCCAGAUGCGAUUUGAUGGAUAUGGAUGAAAAUGAUGAAAAUAAGACUUGUUUUUGCUGUGAAGAACUUCAUCCCACUACCUGCACAGAAGCAGAGGCUGUGCUGAAGCUAUACCAUGUGAAGUCAUGCAGUGCUGCUCACCUUCUUCUCAAGAAAGUUCUCUUAGCUCUUAGUGCCCUGAAUGCUCUCACUGCCACAGUUUGCUUCACAGCAGCUGCCCUGCAUUACUUACUGACACUUGCAUCAAGAAGAUCCUGCACAGAUGAAUGUGAGAUUGAAGGUGAAGAUCACAAUUUGGAUCCUGAUGACUUUGUCCCACCUGUCCCACCUCCCUCCUAUUUUGCAACUUUUAAUUCUUGUACUCCACAAAAUCACAGCACACCUGUCUCUGAUGUGAUUUCACUGCACUAUAUUUAUGUAACACGAAUCAGAGGGGUUGAAGUGUACUGCCCUCUGGACCCACCUCCGCCCUACGAAACUGUGUGCAACUUAAAAAGCUCUGAGCAGGGAGGUGCACUUCAGAUAAAUGGCAUGGAAGAUGUUGAUUCAGGGGAAGAAAGUGACAGGCAGUCCUCUCAAGCUGAAGAAAUUCAGGAGCCUUCCCGCAGAGUGAGCCUUUCCCCUUCAAAUGCAAGCUGUGUGCCUGCUGGAGUGAACAGGAGAGCCUUCAAUCCCUUGCUGAAAUGUUCUAAAAGUGACCCUGUGCUCCUGCACUGCCAGCUGCCUCAAGCGACAGUGCUCAGCUGUGAAACUGCAACACUCAAUGAUGUAAAUCCACUGAACGCUGUCACCCUGCGGAAGAGUUCAAGAGCAAGAGCUUCAAGGGGCAGACCCCAGUCUCUGAUAGACUAUAAGUCUUACAUGGACACUAAACGGCGUGUGGCGUGGAUCCUUGAGCAGUCCUGCAGCAUGAGCCCAGACAUACAUGACUUGGUGGAAAAUAUCAAGUCUGUUUUAAAGUCAGAUGAGAAACACAUGGCAGAAGCUGUCACCAGUGCCACUUUCCUUGAGCAGGUGAUGACACCUGCCCAGCAAGCCACAUCAUUGAGAGUCCAUGUGUUACCUUCCAGAUUGCAACCUGGAUUGUUGCACCUGGAGAGCUGUGGUGACCUGAGUACUUUCACCACAGAGGGAGAACAGCUAGCAGAGAGGAGAAGCCAAAGAGCAGAACAUGAACGGCCUCACAGUGUUAUUGGUGUUGUCAGAGAAACUGUGCUUUGAGCUGUUUUUUUGGUUAAUCCUCAGCAGAGCAGUUCUAUCCUAUACACAUACAGAGGAGGAAAAUCAUCUCUGGCAAGUGGGUAGAUGGGUUUGUCAAUAAUCACCUUUUUUAAUACUCUUAUGCACGGACUCCAAAGGGCAAAGAUCAUUCUACAAAGAGUAAUGAGCAGACUGAAAGCUGACAUUUACUGGGCUCUCAGCUGCAGCUCAUCUGUUUGUGAUACAUUGGUGCCCUGCAUCUCUGUGAAGUUUGGUAACGUGUAUUUGUGGGGUAUGAUGAUACAUCAUCCUUGUGGAAGGAGCUGUCAAAAGCAGCAUUGAAGAACUUCACAAAUUUUUGGCACUUUGGUUUAAAUUAAAAUCUCCUGUCAUAAAAUGGAGACCUUCAGAUACAAACGAAGUUAGUAAAAAAAUGGUGUACAGAAUUCUAAAAUUGUUCUUUAUACAAGAAGGUUGUUGAUGUGCAAACUGUACUAAAAAUAAAAUUUGUCUUGAAGAAGUGCU